AUGGCGCACCUCAUCAAGACGGCCUCUGCCGCUGCCGCUGCCGCCGCCCUCGUCGGCCUCGCUUCUGCCGCCACCAUCACCCACGACUUCAACAUCACCUGGGUCACUGCUAACCCCGACGGUGCGCACCCGCGUCCCGUCAUUGGCAUCAACAACCAAUGGCCCAUUCCCCGCCUCGAGGUCGACAUUGGCGACCGCCUCGUCAUCAAUGUCAACAACCAGCUCGGCAACCAGUCCACGUCGCUGCACUUUCACGGCCUCUUCCAGAACGGCUCCUCGCUCAUGGACGGACCCUCUGGCGUCGUCCAGUGCCCGAUUCCCCCGGGCUCCUCCUUCACCUACAACUUCACCGUCGACCAGCCCGGCACCUAUUGGUACCACUCGCACACAAACGCCCAGUACCCUGACGGCCUGCGCGGGCCGCUCAUUGUCAAUGACAUAAACUUUCCGUACAAGAACCGCGUCGACGAGGAGCGCGUGCUGACGCUGUCGGACUGGUACCACGAUGAGAUGCAGGACCUCAUCCCGGGCUUCCUCUCCAAGGGCAACCCGACGGGCGCCGAACCCGUCCCCAAGGCGGCCCUCAUGAACGAGACGCAGAACUUGUCGCUGCCGGUGCAGCCCGGCAAGACGUACAUGUUCCGCGUCAUCAACAUUGGAGCUUUUGCCGGCCAGUACCUCUGGAUUGAGGGCCACACCAUGCAGAUUGUCGAGGUCGACGGUGUCUACACCAAGAUGGCUCCCGCCGAAAUGGUCUACAUCUCGGCGGCUCAGCGCGUCAGCUUCCUGCUUACCACCAGAAACGACACCUCGGCCAACUUUCCCAUUGUCGCCUCCAUGGACACCACUCUCUUUGACAUCCUGCCCGACGAUCUCAACUACAACUCAACCGGCUGGCUCACCUACGACGAGAGCAAGCCCAAGCCCGACGCCAAGACUGUCGACGCGCUCGACGCCUUUGACGACAUGACCCUGGUUCCCUACGACGAGAUGGCGCUGCUUCCUGAACCCCACAAGACGGUAGAGCUCGACGUCGUCAUGGACAACCUCGGCGACGGCGCCAACUAUGCAUUUUUCAACAACAUCACCUACCAGUCGCCCAAGGUGCCGACCCUCUACAGCGUCCUCUCUUCGGGCGAGCAGGCUGUCAACCCCACCGUCUACGGCGAGUACACGCACCCGUUUGUCCUCGCAAAGGACGAAAUCGUCCAGAUUGUCGUCAACAAUCUCGACACGGGCCGCCACCCUUUCCAUCUCCACGGCCACCACUUCCAGGCCGUACACCGCUCGGCCGAAGAGGCCGGCACCUUUGCCGAUGAGAAUGUGACCGAGGCCCAGCUCGGUAAGGUGCCCAUGCGCCGCGACACGCUCGUCGUCUGGCCCAACGGCAACAUUGUGCUGCGCUUUAAGGCCAAUAACCCGGGCGUCUGGCUGUUCCAUUGCCACAUUGAGUGGCACGUCGUCUCGGGCCUGCUCGCCACGUUUGUCGAGGCCCCGCUCGAGCUGCAGAAGCAGUUUACGAUUCCGCAGAACCACCUCGACAAUUGCGCGGCCGCGGGCAUGGCCACGCAGGGCAACGCGGCGGCCAACACAAACGAUCUGCUGGAUCUGACGGGGCAGCCUGCGCCUCCUCGUCCUCUGCCUGCUGGGUUCACCACGCGCGGCAUCAUUGCUUUCGUAUUUAGCUGCAUUACGGGUAUCCUGGGCGUCUUGGUCGUGGCGUGGUACGGCAUGUCUGCGCCCGCCAAGACGACGCGCGACCACGAACCACUUGUUGGUCAUGACCACGGUGCCUCGGAGGUGCGUGAAGCGCCGGCUGCUGCGGCCACUGCGGGCGAGACGACGCCGGCGACGACUGCAGGGACGAAUGCGGCUACGGCCACGUCGAGUUGA